GCGCAAGUGGUGCAAUCUCGACACUCGGAAUUCGAUACGCGCCACCAUGUUCCGCCAGCUCCUGCGCAAUGCACUGCCAGCGACGGGCCUCAUGGCCAUGGGCGCAGCCAUGGCAUCGACGACAUCCUGCGAAGCGCCAGCUGCGUUCACGGCCGAGCUGCGCCGGUUGCGCGCCAACGAGAAGGACAUGACGGCCCGCUGGGUCAAGGACGAGGAGGGCUGGCGCCAGCUCCCGUCGCGCGUCUGGCCCGUCAAGCAGCCCAAUGCUGACCAGCUUGCGACGCUGCAAAAGGGCAUUGCAUCGAUGUGCAGCACGCGCGAUCCUCGCUGCAACGAGCUCCGCUUUGACCUGGCGACGCUCAACGUCUUCAACAACCUCGACACGGAGGCGGGGUACCACAUGUACGUCGACCUCGCGAGCGAAGGCGACGUCGAUGGCCUCGUCGCGGUCGGCAUGUGCCUCGUCGAAGGCUACGGCGUCGAGCAGGACUACGCCAUGGGCAUCGAAUGCCUCCAACGCGCAAGCGCCUGUGGCCAUCCGCAAGCCGACUAUGAGCUCGGCGUGCUCUACUACACGGGCGCCGCGGGCAGCGACCUUCCAGAGGACGAAGAGAAAGCGCUCGAGUGCUUUGAGCGCGCGCUUGCCAACGGCAAGUUUUCGUACGCGGCGUAUAUGGUCGCGGACCUCCUCUUCCAGAACGCGCCGGUCGCCGAGUAUGGCCGCGCGCUCCAGCUCAUGUACCUUGCGGCCGAGAACGGCCAUCGCUUUGCGCGCCAAGAGAUCCAGGCCUUUGUGGAAGGCAAGCACCGCGCGUUCAAGAAGCUUUAAUAGACAUGCAUGUCACUAAGA